GUUGACAUGAAUCCAGGAAAGGAAGGAGGAACUUGGCUAGGGAUUAGUAAAAGGGGAAGGGUAGCAGUCAUCCUGAAUAUCUUUAAUCCUGACGGUAUUCGAGAUGAUGCCAAAGGCAGAGGAGCUCUGGUGUCAGAUUUUUUGACUGGGAAGCAGACUACAGAUGAAUAUCUUGAAACAAUUUCAGAAGAUGGAGAAGAGUACAAUGGAUUUAAUCUCUUCACCAUGGAUAUCAGCAAUGGGGAUGCAGCUUAUUACAGCAACAAAUCAAGCAAGCCACCAGAAAAGCUACAGCCAGGUAUCUAUGGUGUCUCUAAUUCUACACUUGACAAACCUUGGCCAAAGGCAAAUCAUUUGAAGAUGAACCUAGAGCAAAUCAUUAGCAGCUGUAAUGGCCUGUCAUCAGAUGAUCGUCUUGACAAACUUCAUGGAUUAUUGGACAGAUCUCUUUUAUUAAAUGGUGAAAAGUUUGUGCACAAACCAGGGAUGACACUAGAAGAAAUGAGAGCUGUACUACCACAGAUGAUACAUGUUAGGUCACCAGUCUAUGGAACUAGGUCUAGUACAGUGAUAACCGUUGAUGCUACAGGAGAAGUGGUCUACUCUGAGAAAUCUUUGGAAGAACCCAUUGACUCUUCAAAUCUGAAAUGGAUAACAACCCAACACAGAUUCCAUCUUACAUGUGAUUUAUGAUGGAUCUUUCAGAGUCUUCAAUUAUAGAACAGCCAAAGACAAUGAAUGAAUUAUAAUCAUCUUCAUUACUUAUCAUAGCUGCAGAAAAAAAAUGAUCACAAAGUCUCCAUUCAGGGAUCAGAAUGCUUUAUUGUGAAAUGGUAAUUCUUUUUUAUUUUCAUGUCACCAUUGUUUAUUACAUGUAUUCUUUCUUAAUCUACUUGCAUUUCAUAUUGAUUUAAAUUUUAUUAUUUAAUUUAAUUAUUAGAUAAGGAAAUUUGAAUUUUAUUUCUGUAGUUAAUCAAUGACCUGCUGUCAGAUAUGUCUUACAAAAACCACUGAAAGUACAUUUCGUCAGUGAUUUUACGAACUGGCGCAAACCUAAUUUCGGCCAAAUUUUUGAAAUUUAUUUUUUUGCAUAUUCUGAAAGCCUGUGAUUUAAUCUAUUGAUUUGCCAAAUUUCAGAUAAAAAUUUGUAUUAUUUAAAAAAAAGGGCAUAUUUAAUAUUUGUACGUACCGGCUCAACCUCCUUUGAUUUUAUGAACUUGCUCAAACCAUUCUUUGUGUACUAUAAAGUCUCUGGAAUGGUGCGCACAGGUCAAAGACCGACCUAGAUGCGGCGCUUAUGCCGGUGCGUAUGUGCUUUGCGCAGGGUUUGUGCCUCUAAAAAAAACAUACGCAUGGCAUGAAUGAUUUUACAAGCUGGCUCAAACCGUGGUUUGUGCCGCUAAACAGCAGUGGGCAUGGUGCGCGUUAUUUUACGAACUGGCUCAAACCCCCUGUUUUGGGUAAGAAUUAGCAGCUCCUGAAAUGCAUACAAGCGCUUCCUUUUUAAAUAUUGAAAGAAUAAAUAAGAAUUGCAAACAAAAUUUUGUAUAUUACAAAAGAAUAGACUGUAUGCUUUAAAUUGUUAUAAAUAAUUGAUCUGGUUUCUUUCAAAGCGCAAAGUUAUGAGCUUCUGAAAAACAUCGAAACUUUGAAUGCAAUUAUCUGGAAAUCAUGUUUUGGAGACCAGCUGAGGUUUGAGCCAGUUUGUAAAAUCACUGACGAAUUUUCCAUAGAAACUUUAAUUGGUUUUUCUAGUUCUAGAAUUAAGAUCAAUGUCACAUUUCACAAUAUGCAAGGAGACGGGGAGUUGUGCUCCCUCUUUCUAGACACACUUGAAUGUCCUUCUAGUAAAAAAGUGUUAUGAUGAUUAUGAUAAUGAUGAUGAUGGUGGUGGUGGUGAUGAUGAUGAUGAUGAUGGUGUUGGUGGUUAUAGUGAUGGUGAUGAUGAUGAUGACAAACUACUUUUAAGUUAAAGCAUAUAUACAUAUGAAAAUCAUAGAAUUUACUUUUUAUGCACGUUUACAGGGGAGGGGAGGGGACUAGGUGCUAUUAUAAUUACAAGAUAUAUAUGCAUUUUAAAAAAGUACCAUAAAUAAUCUUACUUUGAUUUUCAAAGUACCCAAAUCAUGUAUUUUGUCAUGCUUUCGUUAGCCUAAAUAAUGUCUAAAAUAUAUGUUUUCAUGUUAGGAUGAAAUAUAUACCCUUUCUAUGCACCAUACACACAAGGCUUUUUAAAGUAUACAUUUUAUUCCUGAUUUGGUUAUGAUACAUUUCAAAGUACAUCGCCCCACGGUGAUAAACAACUCUCAGUAUUUGUAUGCUACUGUGGAUGAGCAUUGUGUCUACUGUGCACUAUAAUGGAAUUGCCUGUAUUGAAUAACUAAUGAUAACUUAUGAAUAUAACAUUAGAUACUUGAAAAUUAUUGAUUCCAGUGUGUGAAAAUGAAAGAAUAAAAUAAAUGUAGGUAUAUGUAUAAUAAUAA